AAAAAACAAAACAAAAUAAAAUAAAAGGGUGUCCCGACCAGAAGAAGAGACACAGAAGAGAGUGUCAGACCACCUCUCGCCUCGCCUCGCCUCGCCGCCGCAGCGAGUGGCACCAGCCGCCGCCGCCGCCGCCAUGGCCCUCGCCUCCGCCUCUGCCCUCGUCGCGCCCGUAGCCGCUUCGUCGUACACCCCAUCGGCGGCGGUUGCUGCGUCGCCCGCGCCCCGCGUGCCGCUGGGUUUCCUCCGCUUCCAUGACUCCCCCCGAUCCAUCGCUCUGGCCGCCGCGGCCCCGAGGUUUCUUUGCCAAUCUAUCAACUCAGCUGAUGUCUUAGGAGCUUCUUCAACAACAUCUGAUGACGCAGUUCCACAGCCUGUUGUUCUCAUAGAUCAGGACUCAGACCGUGAUGCAACCAUAGUGCAACUGAGUUUUGGAGAUCGUCUGGGGGCACUACUUGACACGAUGAAGGCACUUAAGGACCUGGGCCUUGAUGUGACAAAAGGAAGUGUGGCAACUGAAUCAGCUCUCACACAAACAAAGUUCCACAUCAUGCGAUCGGGGCGCAAGGUUGAGGACCCUGACAUGUUAGAAAAGAUACGGUUAACAAUUAUUAACAACCUUCUGCAGUAUCAUCCUGAAUCAAGUGAGAAUUUAGCUAUGGGUGAAUUUUUUGGAAUAAAACCUCCUGAGAAGAAGGUUGAUGUUGAUGUUGUAACACACGUAAUUGUUGAAGAUGAUGGACCUAAAAGAAGCAUGCUGUACAUAGAAACAGCUGAUCGGCCUGGCUUACUUCUGGAAAUAGUCAAGAUCAUCACUGACGUAAACGUUGAUGUGGAAUCAGCUGAGAUUGAUACUGAAGGCUUGGUUGCAAAAGACAAGUUCCAUGUGAGUUACAGAGGUGCAAAAUUGAACAGCUCCUUGUCUCAGGUGCUGGUGAAUUGCUUGCGCUAUUAUCUCCGGAGGCCGGAGACAGAUGAAGACAGCUACUGAUUCAUGUGGAAAUUCGGGCUUGAGUUCCUUUCUGCAAGCCCCUUCUGCUGAAGUUUCAGUUGUAGCGAACAAAAAAUGUUUCACAUUUUCUGUCCCCAGUAUGCAUCCCUAUAUUAUGCACAUAUACGUAGAUGCAUUUAAACUGGGCCAGAUCUGGGAUGUUCAGCCCAAUAGGGCACUUUACCACCAUUGAUUCCUACCGUAGAGGAAUCGCAUUGGAAAUGGAUGUGGCCUGUAAGUUCAUGUACUCCUAAUUCGGUUUCAUUUUAAAUCACAUGGAUGCAUGUUCUUGUGUUC